GGCGAGAGCUUCAGUCACAGAGGGCCGCUCCGAUGACUUCCUGACACAAUGCAGCCACCUCCACUAGCACAUUUCUCUCCCCUACACAUGGGGAGGAGCUUUAUCUGCUACCGGGACGUGAACAAGGCCAUAGACAGGCACCGGGAGAUCUACGGGCUGCGACUGGUGCUCAAGAAGGCGGUAAAACUGGAGAACUAUUGCCUCACCAUCGACCAGAUGCGGGACCUCAAUUUCCGUUUGAAAUAUGGCGAAUUAGAUUAUCAGUGUUCUGUGGAUAACGGGCGGCCAGGACGGCCAGGGAAUGACGAGCGGUGCCCGCGUCUUGUGAGACUCCGUCUGAGUCCCGAUGCACGUACUUUGGUCGUCUAUGACACCCAUGUUCAUGAACCCCAAGCCAAGAGUCCAGGCCAGUUCCAGAGUCUGUCUCCUCCAAGUCACGUGCCUGAGUCAGUGACUGUCAUAUCGCCAGAAGCUUUAGUGUCUAUAUCCCCGGUUAACAGAACCGGGACACCGUCCACACCAUGUCUACCUCUGUCCAUCUCUCCAGUUGGUGUCACGCCAGAAGGGCCUCACACGCCCGUCUCUGGGGCCGGCUACGAAAAAAUAACUGUAAAAAUCAAGAAGUCUCAGUUCUCUCCCAACGAGAUGGUGGUUGUGGGUAGUGCUCGAGAUGCACAGGAACAGUUUGAACUGAGUCUUCCCAUAAAAGGACAUACACCAAACUCUUAUAUAAAUUCCCCAGAAAAGGUGUCAACCCAGACAAGUACACCAAGCCAAGGUAUUAUGCAGAUUCCAGCCCUGAAACCAUUGUCUAAGGAUCUCUCUCCACAGUUUCUGGAAAGUGUACCUGCCUCUAAAGUUGUUCGUAGGCCAACACCGAAGCCCCUGGACAAGGUAACCAUAAAGCCAGUUGAGAAAGUAGCAAGCAAGUCGGUAGAGAAAGUGAUAAUUAAACCAGUUGAGAGAAUUUUGAAUAAGUCUUCUGAGAGAGAAGAGGUUAAAGCUGUGGAGAGACAAGUGAUUAAAACUGUGGAAAAAGUGACAAUUAAACCACAAGAGAGGCUUCCAGCUAGGGUUCCAGAGAGGACGGCAACAAAGCCACUGGAGAGAACUGGAACCCGACAGGCAGAACGCUCCACAGCCAGAGUUCCUGGGAGGCUUUCACAGCGUACAACAGAGAGAGUGAGCCAGAGGAAUGGAGGAACAUUGUCUACUGCUGCAGGAAAUGGGGUUUCCUCUUCAACAAAUGGAGUGCGGUCAGUGAAUGGCGGCAGCAACAGACGAAUGCACAAGAAGAAAAGAACCUGUCAAUCUGAGCCUACUUGGGACCUUUCACAGAUAGUUCCUCUAGAUACAGAGCUGGGUUUUACCGAGAAGCAGCAACUGGCCCACGGGGUGUUGCUACGUCUGCUGCGUGUCACCAGCCAGUUACCCAUGAUUGAGUUUACCCACGCCCUAGAGACACUGGAGACACUCACAGAUGCGUAUCAACUGGAGCAGAGGGUCAACUUAUCUAUUAGUCAUAACCGUGAAGAAGAAUCCAACAAAUUGUAUAAUGACGACCCAUACGAAAUUGUGGAUCUCGUAGAUGACGACGCCGGAGAGUUCUGUGAGUAUGGAAACAAUAGGGUUAGUUCCACGACAGUUGAUCAUCGAGUGGCAGUCACGCAGGUUGACGGACCUAACGAUGACGUCUUUGAUAACCCGCGUGACGUGUUAGGUCCCAAGUGUAAGAAAGGCCAGAAACGCUCUUCAUCUGCUGACUCUCCUUCGGGUGUGGGUGAGGAAACCCAGAAUCCCAAUUUGGACUCUGUUCAAAUGUGGAAAAUAUCGAGAAGCUCUUCAUAAACCUGCUUUUUUAUAUUAAAUAUUUUAUAUAUGCCACAAAAUAAUGAAUUUAUGAUCUUCAAAUAUAGGAAUAUAUGUUUGCCAAGAAGUGUAGUGAAAUAAUAGAAUGGUCAGAGUAUUCCUUCAGAGUCAAAACUUUUCACUCCAGGAAAGUAAAUUCUCCCAGGAAUAUAAGCCAUCAAACAUAUUAAUAAUAUAUAUACAGUAUAUAUAUCAUGCUUUUAAAAUAAAUUUUUAUAACAAAUUUUAUAUUUAUGUAUUUGUAACUUUUUCAUAUUCCAUAUUGGAUCUUGAAUUGAGUGAAUACUUUAAUACUACCAUAAAUGGAAUGUCUGUAAAUUGAUAGAGUUUUGCUUAAUUUGAAAUGGUAAAGAUCUGUCGGGUAGCUGGAAACUUGUACAAGCAAUUGGUACAAUUGGCAUUUUUCAAAUGUUAGUGAUAUAACGGUGCAACUGUUCUUUAAUUGAACAAUGAGAAAGAAUGUUGAGCCUCACUGUUGGAUAAUCAGGUCUACUUGUCUCUCAUCUAUGUCCUUGUUACCUGCACCUCUUGUGCCACAUGAUUGCUGUCCAUCUGUCAACCCUUCUGUCAGUCUCUCAUCUGCUUCAGCCCUUCUGUCAGUCUCUCAUCUGCUUCCGCCCUUCUGUCAGUCUCUCAUCUGCUUCAGCCCUUCUGUCAGUCUCUCAUCUGCUUCAGCCCUUCUGUCAGUCUCUCAUCUGCUUCAGCCCUUCUGUCAGUCUCUCAUCUGCUUCAGCCCUUCUGUCAGUCUCUCAUCUGCUUCAGCCCUUCUGUCAGUCUCUCAUCUGCUUCAGCCCUUCUGUCAGGCUCUCAUCUGCUUCAGCCCUUCUGUCAGUCUCUCAUGUACUUCAGCCCUUCUGUCAGUCUCUCAUCUGCUUCAGCCCUUCUGUCAGUCUCUCCACCACUUCAACCCUUCUGUCAGUCUCUCCACCACUUUAACCCUUCUGUCAGUCUCUUCUGUCUCAACCCUUCAUUACAUCCUACAUUCCAUUAUCGGCUUUUUCUUCCUGCUUCUUCCUUUUUAAUUUUGUUUGUUUUAAUUUUUUUUAUAAUACAUAUAUAUGUUAGUUAUUUCCUUGAAUUUUACUAUUCUUCUUAGACAGUGAGAUGUGCCAUUCACACCAUAUUCAUGUAGAUGGAUUUGUUUAUUUUAUACUCUAGUUUAUGAUCACUUACAUUCUUCAAGGCAGAGUAGACAUGUAUUGAAUCUGUUUCAAACAUGUUGACCAAACCACACACUAGAAAAUGAAGGGACAACGACGUUUCGGUCCGUCCUGGACCAUUCUCAAGUCGAAUGUCUUGAGAAUGGUCCAGGACGGACCGAAAUGUCGUCGUCCCUUCACUUUCUAGUGUGUGGUUUGAUCAACAUAUUUCAGCCACGUUAUUGUGACUCCUUGCCUUCAAACAUUAUCUUCAAAAUAUACAUAUGUCUAUUAAUGUAAUGUAAAAGUAAUUGUGCAAAAAAUCAUAUGUAAAUUUCUCUUUUGUUUAUUUCUUAGGUUUAUAUUUUGAUCAUUGACCAGACAAGUGUGCAUUCAUUCAUGCAGAUUAUUUAUACACAUUGCCAGAAAUAAGGCCGUCACUUAGUACUGCAGUGGUGUCAGCUCUCUGUGUUCAAGCACAUCUUUUACGGUAGUUUGUUGACUCAGUCUUGAGCUAAAUGUCAUCGUGGUAAUUAACAGCAGAUAAUUACGUAUUCCUGAAAAGAUUCCUUGUAAAUUUCUUUGAAUUAUUUGUUUUUUUUUUUAUUAAAAAACUGCUAUUCUUGUAACGUCGAAAGAAUUCUCUGUAAUUUUAUUGCUUGGCUGAACUUUCAUCCAGUUUUUAUUAUCUUAGAAUUUUUCUUUAACAAUUGUUUCAAAAUUAAUUUGGGCUUUACUUAGUAUUGUAUAAUUAAAUGAUAAUCAUAUUUUUGCAUAUUUUAUCAGUGCAAUAAUUUUUAAAUGUCAUGUCUAUGUUGACCAGACCACACACUAGAAGGUGAAGGGACGACGACGUUUCGGUCCGUCCUGGACCUUUCUCAAGUCGAUUGUGAUGAGGAAAUAGAUGCAGGCAAUAAAUAGGCUAGAGAGAGAGGUGAGGAGCAAAGUGUAGUAGAGGGGAUAGUAGUAGGAAUAAGAACUGCAGAGGGCCUAUUGGCCCAUACGAGGCAGCUCCUAUUAUAACUACAGAAUGAGAAGGAGAUAAUAAUAGGAAUAGGAAGAGGAUAGAUAGGAGAGAGGAUAGUGUGGUCUGGUCAACAUACUUUAACCACGUUAUUGUGACUCAUCGCCUGCUCAUGUCCUAUCUAUAACUGGCAUCCAUUGACUGUAAAAAGAGGUAUGGUAGUGGAUAUAACUACAACUCUAACAUCUACGGGUAUGCAUGGACAGGAUAACAUUGCCAUCAUAUAUAUAGCAAGUUGGCAAACGUGAAUGGAAUUUAUACAGGGACUCGAGAUGAUCUACGUGGCCAUUGCCUAUGUGAACCAAGCUGGCAUGGUAGCUACACACUUACCCACCCGGGGUGUUUUUUAGUUUAAAAAACCCAGAAUACAGACAAGGUAGGCAAAAGAGAAACUACCCUGCUUCAUGGUAACUUUACACACCUCGGUAACUCUUGUUUAUGUUAUUCUCGCUCACUUCACCUGUUGGAUGUAAAUGAACUAGCUUUUGCAUAAUAUUUAUUUUUAUCAGUUAAAUUAUGAAGACUCCCUCACUUUGCUUCCCCAAGCCAGGGUCCAUCCAGGACACUGAUCUGAUGCCAGGCUGUUCUUGAGUUUUAGCCCCACUGUAAAUAGGAACUUGGUCAUGCAAUUUAAUGCAGGUACAGGGAGACUCAACGGUCUUAUCUAUAUCCACAGCUGAGAAAGAUCGCACUAUACAACGUCCAAGAGCAGAGGAGCUCUCUCUCUCGACACUUUGGAGAUACUGUAAUUAGCAACAUACAAGUUACUGUUUAUAUCUGCAGUUUACAAAACCUCAACUUACAAAUGGAAUUGUUUGUAUUCUGGUGUUCAGUAUUUGGAAUGAGUUUCCAUAGACACCAUGCUAUAAAUGGGAAUGAGGUCCCACAUCACCAAAAAUCAACCUAGUGAAUGCAAUUCUAACAAAUAACAGAACAAAUACUCUUAUUUGUAGUGUCUUGAAUCCUGGAGUGGUCCUAUUUACAAUAUAUUGAUUGUACUGUAUUAGUCAUGGAACUAGGACUGUAAUGUCAAGACAUGGGUUUUUCAAUUUUCUAAGGACCUUGGUUGAGAGUGCCUGCAUGUUUCCAUGCACACAGCUAAUUGCAGAUAAAGUCUGCAGGUAAUUGGUUUUCCUAUAGAGCCUGAUAGCUGAGUGGACAGCGCUUCAGAUUCAUAGUCCUGAGGUUCCGGGUUCAAUCCCCAUUGGAAGUGGAAACAAACAGGCAGAGUUUCUUUCACUCUGAUGCUCCUGUUUACCUAGCAGU